AUGAUUUCGCAUUCUGGUGCCACAAUACUGCUUGUGGUCGCUACCGCGUGGCUGGCUUUGAUCCGGCCAGUCCUGGGCGCCCAACUGAUUGCAUGCAACAUCAACACCUGGGUUUCCAUCGAAUGCUCCUGCAACUCUGCCUCCAAAACCGUUGACUGCUCCAACAAGGCUGCGACACAAGUGCCAACUGGGAUUCCGACGAAUACGCAAGUCUUAAAAUUGUCCAACAACCUUCUGACCAGUAUUCCGGCAGGAUUCCUCGCUGGCUCUACCGCAAUGACCAUUGUUGAUUUGAGCGACAACCCUACGCUGACAAGACUUGUAGCCACGCAGUUUUCCGGCAUGCCCAGCUUGACCACUCUCAACCUGCAGAAUACUUUCACCCCUGGCGUGACGACUGCGUGGCCGUCAAACUUGUUUAACGGCGUGCCCGUCACAACAUUAACGAUUUCCAACAAUGGCUUUCAGAUGCUACCUGACUGUUUGAACUCUCUGACCUCGGUCACGACGCUGAACAUGGACUCUCUCUCCCUCCUGUCGAUGAUUCCGCCCGGUGCUAUUCCUGCAUUGCAGACUUUGAAAACUCUGCGAAUGAGAUCGUCAGUGGUUACCUCCAUUCCUGCGAGCUUUUUAAACAACAUGCCAAUGCUUACAACAGUGGACCUGAGCGGCAGUUCCCAGCUCACCCGCGUGAUGCCUGGAGCCUUCUUCAACGUGCCCUCGCUUGCUGUUGUGGACUUGUCCAACACCAACUUGUCUACGAUCUACAAUUUGACAUUCAACGGCGUGCCAUCCCUUACCCAGCUUGACUUGUCAGAUUCCGGCAUCACGAGUCUUGGAUCCGAUGCUUUUGCAGGUGCUGCCAAUCUGCAAACCCUUUUGCUGAAGAACAAUCAGCUCAGUAAUCUUCCAGCGGGAGUUUUUCGAAUGCUGCCGAGCUUGACUACGCUGAAUCUGGCGUACAAUCAACUCACGACGUUUCCAACUGGCGCGUUUGAUCCAAUGGCCAACAUCUUACCUCUCCUCUCCCUGGAUGUCUCAUUCAACCAGAUCACGGAUUUGCCUCGCAACGACUUUGACCGCUUCACCAACUUGAACACGCUUCUGCUGCAAAACAACCAGUUUACUACGAUUGGGUAUGGAACAUUCGCUCGUCUCACUGCGCUGUCAACCUUCAUGCUGGGAUCGCCAGUUUUGCAGGUCACCCCACCUGGCCUCUUUCAGGGAAAGGCGCCAUUCGGUAACAGUACCUUGAUCCCGAACGCCUUUCCAGGCUCGUCUGGAGCACCUCUCAGUACCUUUGGCACCGCGACGCAGUUCACCCCUUGCAGUCCCGGCUGUGCAACCUGUGCGUCUGCUUCCCUGUGUUGCUCGGAGUUUUGCGCGACCUGUGGGAUUGUGGGCUCUACAACCGCUUGCACCAAGUGUUAUGACGGAUACGUCCUGAAUCAAACCACUUGCUAUGCGGGAGCAUCGGUCGCGGCUGCUUCGGCAGCUUCUCGUAGCUCUGCGUCGGACGCAUCAUCAAUCUCGGCCAUGAUAACUUCGCUUGCUAGCAAGGCGUCUGCAGCAUCUCUCGCAGCCCCGUCGUUGGCAUCAGUGGCGUCGUCAGCUUCGGAUGUCGCAGCCUCGUCCCUCGCGAACGUGGCGUCAAUGACAUCGUUGGCGAGCUUAUCGGCUGCGUCGGCAGACCUUGCUGCAUCCUUGGCCUCUGUUGCCUCUGCUUCGGCAGGCGCUGUAGCAGCUUCGAGGGCCUCUGCCGCAUCUGCAGCUUCCAUCGCGUCGUUGGCUUCUGAUGCCACGAUGGCAUCUGAGGCAACAAUCGUGUCUGAAGCCACAAUGGCCUCUGAAGCCACGAUGGCCUAUGAUGCCACUAGGGCCUCGGACGCAACGAUCGCGUCGGACGCAACAAUGGCUUCAGCCUCGAAAGCCACCAUGGCAUCCUCCGCGUCGGAAGCCUAUGAGCGAUCUGCCUCCCUGGCUGCUACUGCAAAUGCACAAAAUGCGGGGACAACCGACUCCAUGGGUCUUGUCGUUGGUGCCGCUGUCGGUGGUGGUGUCGCGCUUGUGCUGCUUGCGAUUUUGGCGCUGCUCCUCAUCCGUCGCCGCCGUCGCAAUCGUCAACCGGGCCACGCUGCAUCCCAGUCGAACGUAUCCAAACAGCACCCCGAUGGUUUGCCCUUGUAUGAGCUUUCACGUGUGGCCGAAGAGGGCAAUGCCCCUGCUUCCAAAGGCAAGAUCAUCCUGUACGACAACCCAACCGCAGGAGCGUCGGCCGAGGCGCACUACACGAGCCUUGACCAACCCACCAGCAACAACAGCUUGCUGUUUGCUGCUUCCUACGAUAAUCCCAAGUCGGCCAACUCGACUGCCUCAAGCAACGCUGCAGAUUCGUCGCACUACACCGAUCUUGAUCAAGCCAAUGGAAAUGGAAACUUGCUCUCCGCGGUCUCGUACGACAAUCCCAGGUCGAGCUUCACCAAGAAGAGCUCCGACGAAGGCGCUCCCACGAUGCAUGCGAGCGAUGCGGUGUCAAAGAUUGAUGGCCUUCCCAGCUCGCCAGCUCCCGUGGUACAGCUGGGUAUUUACGACAACAGCAACAGUCUGCCCAGCGAGACAAAUCGACCAGCAACCGCACCGUCCACGGAAGAAGUCGUGCUGCUCUCAACACCUAAGGUUGCGGAACAGCUUGAAACUCGCGUCUACGACAAUCCAAACGGAGCGGUGGCUCAUCAGUUGCGUGCCGGAGUGCUGCUUGGGAGUGUUCUCGGUUCGGGCGAGUUUGGCGUUGUGAUGCGCGGCCUCCUCGACGCGACAUUGGUCCCUACCGAUGCCAUGUACUUGAUUCGGGACAGCUCCAAGCCUCAGCUCGAAGUGGCCAUCAAGCUUCUCAAAGAGGACGCGUCCGAACAAGCGCGGAACGAUUUUAUCGAAGAGUCCAAGGUGAUUGUGCAAUUCCGAAGUUCGUUCAUUGUGCGAGCAAUUGCCGCUCUGCUAGACACGACUCCCUUCAUGUGCAUUUUGGAGCGCGUGCCGUACGGCGAUUUGCGUGAUGUGCUCGUCAAAUCGGAAGCAGCCAGGUUUCAGUGGACUGCUGGCGAAUUCGCCCACGCGCUCGCUCAAGUUGCGUCCGGUCUGAAUUACUUGGAGUCGGUGCGGUUUGUUCAUCGCGAUAUUGCUGCGCGAAACUGUCUCGUUGGAGCGUCCCUGUCGGUCAAGAUUGCCGAUUUUGGGCUGUCGCGCUCGUUGGAAGCCGAUCAAAACUACUAUCACAUGGAGAGCCGCGGACGCCUCCCAGCCAAGGCAAGCUGGAUGGCUCCAGAAUGUCUCGCGUACCGCAAGUUUACUCACCAAAGCGACAUUUGGGCGUUUGCUGUGCUGGCUUGGGAGGUGUACUCGUACGGUGCGAGCCCGUACGGAUCCAUUCAAGGCCGUGAUGUUCUCGCAUACAUCGAGACUGGCCGACGUCUCGAGUGCCCGGCGGCAUGCUCAGAGGCAGCAUACCGCCAGCUGUUGCAGUGCUGGGCUCUCAACCCGUCGGAGCGUCCAACCAGCAGCGAUUUGCGCGACCAUUUUACAGGCGCAGCGGUUGGGACCUUCCGCGACAUUGGAGCUCUGUUAAAGUGA